CGCUAUACUCUAAUCCAGCGGCUGCUUGAAAAACAGCCACGUAAAAAAUAUAAUUUUAAAAAGCGUAAAUACUUGGCAUUCUUGAAGCACAGAAUUGAAUGAAAGCAAACAAAGGCCGAUAGAAUAUGCCACAGCGACAAGCGACGCAGCAGUUUGAGUUGAUAUGUGACGUGAAGCAGUGGCAAUAGAUCCGGACCCAUUUUGUGACCAUGGACGAGAAACUGAAAUAUUCGUUGUUGCGCGGAGAAUUGGUGGACACUCAAAGUAUAUGGACCAGGCACGAGAAACGCGUGUGGUUCAUUACCCUGAUAACGGGCACCUGCAUGCUCUACUCCACGCGCACUACUAUGCCACUUCUUGUGCCGGCAGUGGCAUCCGCUCAGAAGUGGAGUAAAACUGACUCCGGCACCGUUCUCAGCUCUUUCUUCUGGGGCUAUACACUAACACAGGUUGUGGGUGGCUAUUUCAGUGAUCGUUUUGGAGGCCAGCGGGUCAUCCUGUGCGCCGCCAUCGGCUGGUCGCUCAUCACAUUCCUGAUGCCCACGAUCAUCUGGUCAGCGGGAUCGAUAAAGAGCUACGCAAUUCCUUUUAUCGUGGCCAUUCGCAUAUUAAACGGCGCCCUCCAGGGUGUUCAUUUUCCCAGCAUGAUCAGCUUGACCAGUCAGAACCUAUGUCCUAAUGAAAGGAGCAGCUUUUUUGGCCUGCUUACAGCCGGCUCUGCGUUGGGAACCCUUUUAACCGGAAUCAUGGGAUCGUUUUUGCUGGAUUACUUUGGAUGGUCGUACGUCUUUCGGGUGAUUGGUCUGAUGGGGAUCGCGUGGGCCUUGGUUCUGCGGUACUAUGCAAUGGCUGGAGAACGCAAUCGAAUCAUAAAUAUUGCCACGCCCUCGCGGUUGUGCGCAAACAAGAGUCCGUCGGAGGCGUCGGCUGUACCCUGGCUACGCUACUUCAGUCGGCUGUCCUUCUGGGCCUGUGUGCUGACCCAUGCCUGCGAGAUGAACUGCUUCUUUGUACUUCUUUCUUGGCUGCCCACCUACUUCCAUGACGGCUUUCCACACGCUAAAGGUUGGGUGGUAAACAUGAUACCUUGGUUGGCCUUGCCGCCAUGCACGCUAUUUGCAAAGUACUUGACCACAAGGUUACUUGCCCGCGAGUGGCAGACUACGACGGUGCGGAAGCUUAUCCAGAGCUGCUGCUUUGCUGCCCAGAAUUUGGCUCUGUUCGUGAUGAGCCGUACCUCGGAUUUCCAUACGGCCCUUAUCUGCAUGACCAUAAUCAUUGGGGGCACGGGCUUCCACAACAAUGCGGUGACUGUGAAUCCGCAGGAUUUGGCUCCUCUUCAUUCGGGAAGCGUCUUUGGCCUGAUGAACACAGUAGGCGCGAUUCCUGGCUUCCUUGGCGUCUAUCUGGCCGGACACAUUUUGGAGCUUACGCAGAGUUGGCCGAUGGUGUUUAGCGCGGCGGCUGGAAUUAAUUUGGUCGGAUGGAUCAUAUUUCUCGUCUUUGGCUCGGCGGAAGCCAUUGUUUAACAUUCUCUAGCAUUCUUUCUCAGCAUAAACUAACUAAUUUAUUUGUGUAUAUUAGAGUGUGUCGAUUUGUGUAUGGAUCUGUUUGAAGACUAAUAUUUUGUAUU